AUGGCUUCUUUUGAAAUCAACGUAGACAUGAUACUUGAGAUUCUUUCUCAUUCUCAUGUUUCGGUGGUUGAGAAAUCUAGACUCUUGAACAAAGAGUUCAACAAGAGAACCCACGACUCUUCUUUUCUAAAACUCAAACUCAAAAACAUCAAUUCUGUUUCCGGUUACUUCGUGGAGUACAACAAGAGCUUAACUCCUCUAUUCACUUUUAUCAAAAAUGACGGAAUCAUUCCUCACGGGUCUGAGAUCUCUCUGGAUUUUCUACCACCAGGAAGAAUACACAUCAAAGCUUGUGACGCAAGUCAUGGGGUUUUGGUGUGUGUUAAUGAUCUUCCGGUUAGAGGAAGACAUCCCAAGUACAUGGUCUGCAAACCAACAACGAAACAGUACCAGAUCAUACCGAGGCCAAAAACCCGGCAUUUCACAAUCGCGUUCGGUUUGGUGGUGAUGAGAACUGAUCCUCUCCGGCGACUAUCAAAGAACGUGGAACUACCGGCAGAAGAUAUGCCAGGUGUAAGAAUGUCCGAACCCGUUGCUGCUUACGAGUUCUUGCAUUGGUUAACGGCCAACAACAACGUGUUACGGUUUUGUCUGAAAACCGACACUUGGUCGUUUCUCGCGGUUCCUGAGCAUCUAGCGAGCGAGAAGUCUCUAAAACUGGCAAGGUACGAAGGGAAGCUUGGGGUAUUCAGAUCAAGAUCCAAGGAAUAUCAUGAGAUAUGGGUUUUAGAGAGCAGUUUGGGGAGUUCUUGGGUGAAAGUGAAAGAGAUUAAAAGUAUGGGGCUCGAACCGGUGGGAAUCUUGAGCAACGACGUCGUAACGCUGGUUGACAAGGAAAAGUUCUUGUACAAUUACAAUAUGAAUAACGGGAAGUCUCAGAAGCUACAAAUUAGGUCUCCAAGAUUUUCUCCUUAUAUGGUUGCGAACUCGAGUUAUUUCCAUCUCUGUUCUGACUUCAAGAGAGUUAAAUUUGGCGGGAGAUCCAACGGCUAUCAACAAGACAAGUCACUUUGA